AUGUUUGCUGCAGGUGCAGCAGUUCACUUGAACAGGACAGGCUCUGGAUCAAAGCCAGCAGCUGCAAACGGCAACAAGGAUGGGAUCAGAAGGGCAAGGAACUUGAUGAAAUCAGGAUCGUUCUCGAGCUUCAAGUUCUUCUGUGAAGAUGAAAUGAUGGCCAGCGCAGUGCCCCAGGAGUCGCGAAUUCGUGACGACACCGCCGACAAACUCGACUGUCAUGGAGACUGGGUGCGGAGAAGGUUGAUCUUGACGCAAGACAGGCUCUACAUCGCCCUCUCGAAAUCUUGGUUCCCCCAUGCAUACGGAAACAUGGCUGUAAAUGUCCAGCCGAGCGCAGACAAGUGGCAGAACUGCUACUCUGUGCUGCGUUCAGGGAAUUUUGAGUGCUAUGAGACUGAGGAUGACUUUCGACGACUAAAAAAGCCUUUCUUCAGGCUCAACGUGCUGGGCUGUCGGCUCUCUGAUGAAGACGAUGCGGUGGAAGGGUUUCCAUUUGCGAUCAAGAUCAACGAUGCGUACAAUCGACCGAUCGUUUACUUCAAUUGCGAGAGCCAUCAAGACAUGAAGCGAUGGACAAAGGUCUUGAAGGAGCACGGCAACUAUCUUUUAGCAAACGAACAGGUCGAGAUCGUGGAUAGCAUCCCGACGGAAGAGAUCGUCACAGUCAACCGCGUUCUUCAGAACCCUUUCCUGAAGCACAAGAAUCAGGACAGGCGAUGGAGCCCCUUCGCAACCGGCUUGAAGAUCAAGUCAGUGAACGCGGGUGUGAGUUCCUCGCGUCAUAACUCAAAUCACGAAGGGCUCGAGUGUCUCAAGGAGGCAGAAGAGGUAGAGGAGGUCAUUCUCCCUGGAUACUCCAGAGUCGCUGCGACCCGCUACUUGCAGCGCGACAAUGGAGAGGUCAUGGAGAUCGAGACGAUACCGGAUGGAUACAACUCGGGGAGAGCUUUCUUCUUCUUCCUACCCAACAAUGCCUCCGUCCACGACUGGGUGGACAUCAUUGCAUCCACGGCUAAGGAAAAGAGGUCGGAGUACAGCAAGAAACAUUGGAUCGACAUCUGGCAGCACAGGGCAUGCCUCAUGUUGGAUUCGAUCUACUUUCAGGGCGUGAUGGCGGCACUCAUCAUUGCCAACUUCUUCUUGAUCAUCGCACAGACGCAGAUCAGACCACAGGCUGGGUCUGACCUUGACAACCAGUUCCAGCUCGUAGACUUGGCGUUCACCAUCAUCUUCACAAUAGAGCUUGCAAUCAACAUAUUCGGAAGGUGCUGGUUCGACCUCACCAUCAUAACCGUCUCACUGAUCCAGCUCGGCCUGUCGGAACUUCCGGGGGUGAAGCACCUGAGGAUCCUGCGAACUUUCCGCGUGAUCCGCAUCUUCGGGAGGCUGCGGCAGCUAAGGAGCAUCAUCCAUGCCAUCGUCAGCAGCAUCAUCCCCGUCACCCAGGCCUUCAUCAUCGGCAUCAUCGUCAUCGCCAUCUACUGCACCCUCGGCGUCGAGGUCUUCGGGGAGAAGGCGCCGAAGGAGUUUGGGACUUUCUUUCAGGCCUACUACACCAUGUUUGCCGUCAUCGCAUAUGGAUACUGGCCCGACGACAAAUUGCCUCCCUUCGAUCCAGUGACUGAUCAAGUGGACCCUAUCGUCGUCACCUACGUGUGCAGCUACGUUUGCAUCGUUGUCCUCGUCCUACUCCAGGUUUCUCCUUCCCCCUCCCCCUCCUCCCUCGUCCUCCAUCCUCGUCCUCCUCCCUCCUCCUCUCGCCUUCCUCGCCAGGCUCACUCGAACCCACAGGUCAUGGUCGCUGUCCUCCUCGAGAACUUCUUCGGGGCGACGCGUCAGGAUCGGGAGGAGUGUGCAAAGGCCGCAGCGAUGCAGAUGCGAGCGGACGACGCCUUCCCGCUCGACAUUCUCCUUGAGCGCCUGCAGUACGACAGCACGGACGACUUGCAAUAUCAGAUCGCGAAGCUCUUCGACCUACUUGACGUGGAUAGGACGGGCUCGAUCUCCUACUCGGAGCUGGCGGACGGGCUGCACAAGAUCGACCCCUCGAGCCACCUCAAGUUCACAGAGGACGACUUUGACAGGCUGACCAAGGGGAGGAAGCUCUGCAACGACGACUGGGAGCUCGGGUUCCCGCAGUUCCACUCCAUCAUCGUCGGGCAGCUGCGCACCUUCACCAUGAGGAAGGUGACAGACGCCAUCAUGCACCUUGAGUCGUCGGUGGAGAUCGAGGUCCUCCUCGCGGCGAUAAAGGAAAUGAUGAUCAAUAUGGAGCGGAUCGAUCAGAGCUUAGGAGCGACGACACACAGCUCAGACCGGAGAGGCAGCGGCGUGUUCGAGGCAUACUGGAUGGAGCCUCACGAGGUCGCUGCCAAGGCUUGCAAGCAGCAGGCUCAGUUGAUGAAGCGCGUAGAGGAGAAGAUUCAUGAGGAGAUGAGCGGGAUCAGGGGCAUGAUCAAGGAGAGCAUGGCCGAAAUGAGGACAGAACUGCGGCAGGUUGCGAUGGAGAGCAACAGGAGGAAGAGGAGGAGCAACAGAGAAGCGCCGUUGAUUGACUUGAUCGAGACGGAGCUGAGCUUGAAGAUCGGAGAACUCAAAUUAGAGCAAGACGUGCAAGUGACGGAGAGUCAAAACAGCCCGAUUGCAUAA